AUGGCUGAUCUACGAAAGCCGCGCGCGACUGCCGGUGAUGUCACGUCUGGAUCUGAUGACGAUCAUGGCUCCAACGCUGAAGCCGAUGAUAAGCAGGAGCAGAAGAAUUCUGGUGAAGAUGAUGAUGAUCACAAGGAUGAGAAGAAUUCUGAAGAAGGUGAUGAUAAGGAGGAGAAGAAGAUUUUCGAUAAAGAUAAGGAGGAGAAGAAUUAUGAUGAUGAAUCAUCUGACUCUGAAGAAGAUGAUAUGGAGAUGUGGAUGGCCAGAAAUACAUACAGACUGAAACGACUCUUUACCUAUAGCAAUGUAAAAGAUGUUAAGGAGGUGGAGACGACGUCGUUGUCCAACGCUGAUGAAGAUGAUAUGGUAACGUGGAUGGCCAGACUGAAACCAUUCCAAUGGAAUGGUUUCAGCAGUAGCUAUGGAAUGAGGGCACCCCAGCAAGUAUCCACCACUGCCACCGGAGGAGAAGAAGAUAAGGAGGUGGAGACGUCGUCGUCGGAUGAUGACCAGUCCAGCAAUGAAAAGCAGAAGAAGAAGGUAUCUGAUGAUAAGAAGGCUGAAGGAAACUGA